UUCUCGAGCUAUUGUUGUCUCUGCCGUCAUUCUGUACUGUCAAAGUUCUCAUAAUAUCGUUUUGUGUUUUGUUUUUUGCUUUAAAAGAAACCUAAAUCUAUAAAGAAGAUAUAAACAUGGCAAAGGAAACGUCCGGACUUCUAAUGAACGUAAUUGGGACUCUAUCGUCCCUAUCUUCAAACGAGCAGCGAGACCGAGAGAAGGCAAAACUUGAGCGUGAAUUUAAACUUAGUGAUCAGAGAUUAGAAAAAUUAGUUACAACACACCACAGAGAUUUAGCCAAUGUGAUGCAAAUUUACAGCAAAGCUUCAGUUAGCAUCAAUGAAGCUAGAACUCGAAUUGCUAUGGUGAAAGGACAGUUAGCAGCUUGCAGAGGGCUACUGCACUGUAGAAGAGAUGAACUUAAAAAGCUGUGGCUAGAAGGAGUGGAGCAUAAACAAGUGCUUCUCAUGCUGAAUCAGAUUGAAAAAUUAAAAGAAAUACCUGACAAAAUUAAUGAAAAUAUAGCAAAGAAGAAUUAUGUAGCAGCUGCAGAGCUUGUGGUUGAAGCGCAACAAAAUCUACAAGGUCCACUGCAAAAUGUUGAAGCUUUAAAGGAUGUUCGAAGUGAUCUUGCCACAAAGCAAGAGCGCUUCUACAAAAUUCUUUUGGAAGACUUGAGUCACUAUAUCUAUGUAAAAUCAUCAAGUGAUGUCUUGCAGUGGAAACGCGCUGCGACAUCACAGGCACCUUUUCAAAGAGCCUCUAGUGGCCGUAACUCCUCUGGCAGGGCUUCUGGAAACUUGAUUUCGAAGAAUGAUGCGCCAAAGGUAAAAUCACUGAUGCUAGAAGUUGUCGGAAGCAGUCAAAGUGCUCAAGAUGAGAAAAGUAACCAGUGUAUAUCUAACAUAGUUCAAUGUCUCUCGCUAGUAAAUAGGUUACCUGAAACACUGGAAAGUUUAAAAAAUGGAAUGGGCAUGGAAAUGACGUUGAUAACAAGAAAAACCGCCCAACAAAUUAGCGAGAUGUAUCCACCUAAUGGAAAAAAUGUUUUGAAGGAACUGUUUGAGGCUGUAAUGGAGCAAAUGCGGAGGAUUGUGAAGGCUCACACAGCCGUUCUCGACAGUGUUAAGGCUCUACUGAAAGACCAGCAGUACAAUAACGAUGUUGUUAUGUACAAUAUAGAAGAUGUAUGGUCCCAAGUACAAACUGUGAUUCAAGUUUUGUUGUCCCAGUAUUGGGAUAUUGGUAGUACCGCUUCAAAAAGCGGUAACUCGGGCAGCACUUUCUCAUCAAAUUCUCAAUUGGGAGCAGCCGAUUUGAACGCAUACUUUUCCAGAAGACGACAGCCUAGAACACAGAAAACAACACUUUUCCGUUUCGAAGGUUCUCUCCAUUCAAUUAGCUUGAAUGAGUCUAAUAGCGACUAUUCCAAGCAAGACCAACAUGGUCUGGAUGCGCCGGAUCGGAUUUUAAUUGUUGAACCUAAUGCGCGUUUGGUGAUUGAAAUUUAUCAGCCCUUAAUGACCUUUGUUCAAGAAAUAGAAACUGCGCUUGGGUGUAGUUCUCAAGGGACGCAUUGCGCGCUUCAUGUGUUCAUCACAGUAUUUACACGCGACGUCUUUCUCAGUCAAAUUCACAUCGAGAUGGGCACCGCACUGGACGAAGCCACGCGAAAACUGGAUAUGUGGAAGUCUGUAAAUCCCACUGAGUUGACACAAAAUACAAAAGCCACACGGCCUUUGCUUCAGAGCACCAUACAAGUUUACCGCUGUCUCAUGGAAAUCCGCCAAUUAAUGGAAGCCCUUCCCCAAUUCGCCCAGCAUUUUCUCGGCAUGGCAUGCAACAUGUUACUGCGCUACAGCGAAACUUGUCAAGCGGCUUACCGAGGCUUGGUCCAAUCAGAUUUGGAGGACAAACGUGUUAUCAGUGCCACUUGGGCCAAAGAUGAAGACAUACAUCGUUUUUUGAGGUCUCUUCCUAGUUGGACGGCUUUGCAAACCGUUCGAGCACAUCGUAAUUCUGGUACCACGGAUUGCGAAACCUACGAAGAUAGUCCAGAAGAGAUCAGACAACGAAGCGCCAAAGAGACGGAAAUAUUGACGGGUAAUUUGGGUGACGCCAUUAUCCCCCCUCAUGAAAUUCUGGCCGAUCCGACACAGUUGCGAAUAUUAGCGUUGCUUCAAGAAUCUUUAGAGUGGUUCGCAGCACAUAUACAAGAACUAGCGAAUGGCAUAACGCGCUCUGGCGCUUCUGAAUCCCUCCUAGCUCUGCCAGAAACGAACGUCCAGACUUUGUUGGAGCUGGCAAAAGAUUUCGAAGAUCUAGCCGAUACAUGCCUUUUAGUUUUGCAUUUGGAGGUGCGCGUCCAUUGUUUUUAUCACUUAGUACCGCUUGGAAGACAAGCACAGUUCUGGCUGAACGGUGAUAAUCAAGAGCCCGAUCCUGAAAUUGGUAGGCUUAGUAGGGAUUUGACUGCAAUUGACGAGUCUUUGUCAGCUUUCAUACAACAACGUAAACAUCGCUACAUAUUUGAGGGAGUUAGUCACCUUGUAUCCAGUAUCAUCAUGUCCUCUGUGCAGCAUAUCCGGCGGAUGAAUGAAAAUGGCGUCAAGAAAAUGUGUCGCAAUAUUUUCGCCUUACAGCAAACGUUAACCAGCAUUACUUUGGCCCGCGAACCAGCGCUGGACCAUGCGCGCCAGUAUUUUGAGUUGCUUUGCGUAACACCAGAGGAUUCCUCGUUCCUUCAAGGAAUGGAAGAAAUAUUAAAUGGUAUUCUGGAGCGUGGAUCCCAAUACACCGAAUUGGAGUAUAUUCAAGUACUUCAACUAUUGAACAGAAGUCGCCCUGGUACAGCUUCCAACGAAAUAACUCGUCAUCUCGAACGCCUGUCAGAGAUCUUAGGAGAAUUAGGUGUCACUGUUUAAGUUUAGUUAACUAAUCUUACUAUCCGUGUGACAUGCAGGGUUGGUCCGCGUCGGCUUUACUUGAUAAAAAUGUCGUUGCUUUACAAUUUCAAUUGAAGAAAUUGUCAUUCUCAUGGUUAAUCACCGAGUAUUUACAAAUAAAUAUUGAUUUACUGUUA